AUGGAUGUUCUGGCCUUUAUGGUGAUACAUCAGCGUCGACACAAGGCUGCCAUCCACCUCGCCGAGGUGCUGCUGAAGCAGGUUGCGCUCGCCGUCAACGAGCCGUUCAAGGACGAGCUGCCUUCAAACAUCAACUGGCCUGAUGAAUCAUUCCGGAAGAGAAAUGGUGCGCCUAUUGAGCUGGAACGUACUUUCCACGUAAGCCGCCGAUCUCUGGGAACCUCCCUUGAACUUUUCGACAACGCUUCGCAAGGGGAUGACAAUUCCACUGCUAUGGAGCUCAUCUGGUCUUUUCUGGCGGAUGUCGUUGUUGCAUCUUCCAAGCUAAGCACGGACGAAGGCAAGCAGGUGAUGACUACUGUCCAUCAGAUCCUGGCUCUCAUUCACAAGUUGGGGCUCGUCCCAUCCAAUAUCUAUGCUCACUGCCUGCCACGAGAAACCACCACUGUCCAGCAACCGCCGGUUCUGCACCUCCUAAACUCGAAUAUCCUGUCAACGCUCUCGGAUGCUGUUUGGCAUGCUUACCAGGACGAAGUGUCUGCCCGGUCAAAGAAGGGUGAGAGGAGUUCUUGGAAUUUCUUCCCUGAACCACCAGGCAGUCCUCUACGAGCCAAGGGACGUGAGCUUGGUCCUGACGUUUGGGUUGAAUUCAUCCUUUGGUGCUGUGUCGAGGCUGGCUUUGCAUCGACCGGCGUGAGGAUCCUCAAGUCAUUGCGCGAAAAUGUGGCAAAUCCCUGGCGGGCUGUUCCCUGGACCGAUGUGGGACUGCCUCGGAGUGAUCAGAAUCAGUCGGUUUAUCAAGAGCAACAGACUUCUGGUGACGCAGUCUCUCGAGAAUUGCGCUCUCCAGACGGCAGUCCCGAUAAGUUCAUCAGCGCUGAAGUAGUUGUUGCCGUUGCCGACAGUCUGAUCAACAUUUUCAACUCAGAGGCUGGGAAUGGUACUCUUUCCAUCUAUGAAGUUCAAACCGAACUCCAGGAACUUGUGUCCUUCCUGGGAUCUGCGGGUGUUGCCCCGACAUACAUUGACUAUCUUGCUGUUCGGCUGCUUCAGACUGAGCUUUUGUAUACCUCGAACCAGGUCGGCGCCUUGCACGCCUGGGCAUCCACCCUGAUCCGUCUCCGCGAUCUGCAGAACGCCGAGGAGCAGUCCCGCCACGAACCUGGGCUUACGUUCGAUUUUGUCCUGGAUCGUUCAGAGCUGCAAGCGGGUGUUCUGCAUCAAUCUCUUCAGGCUUGCAUCGAGAACAACCUCGUCAAGAAAGCAGUCGACACCUUUACAGAUAUCCAGAAGAUGGUUGAUGGAAACAAGCUGCAAGCUAUUGGAGAGUUCCUUACUCUUUCUCUUCGUCCGGAAGACGGCUUCUUCACUUCCAGACUUGGCAGAGGACAGAACGAGUUCCUCAAAUCUUAUGGGCAGCUUCCUGCUUACAAACUGGCAGCUUUCCUGGAUCUGGUUGGCCAUGCCAAGCUAUUUGGGCUUGGCGAUUGGCUUCUCUUUUCAGACGAUAUUGAUGGAGCUGCAUUGCCUGUUUCAACAUGGGGCCAGCCUUCUGUUGCAGCUGCGCUGACUCGCUAUGCCGCAGCCAAGGGAGACCUUUCCCUGCUGGACAGAGUUUUGUCCAUUUGCGCUGCCUCCAACAGGAAAAUGACGGUGAACAUGUUGAGAGCUUUUGUGAUGAGCUACGUUACUAUGUGGGAGUGGGAGAAGGCGGCACGAAUGCUCCAAGAACUGAGACAGGCGGAGGGUGGCGGCUACAGCCCCCAGAUCGUGGCCUGUCUCGCAGCUACGAUAUUACGCCUGGAGGUCGAUCCCGAGGUCUUGCUACAGGAAGAAUCGAUGUCUGACCUUACCAAGGCGCUUUUACUCUUCUCUACAGUCUUGGACGGUCUCUAUGAUUCAUCACCAGCAAGCUUCAGGAUCGAUCAAAAGAGGAUUUUCAAGCAGCAGAUCGGCUAUCUGCUACGUCUCCUGGAAAACGUGGCAGACAGCAGAGUGGUGGAGACUGUGAGCAACUUCAAAGCAAAGUUUCCGGCCAGCAAUGAACCUCAUCUCUCCCCAGAGACGUUCAACGUGGUCUACUCUGCCAUCGUCGAGACCAAAGGCGCACUGGAGGGCCGCAAUGUCUGGCACUUGUUCUGUAAAGAUCCGAGGGAGCCUGACACUCUACGCGACGGGGGACUGCGUGAUAACGAUGAGAUUAUGUCUGACGAAUAUGGCCCCAAUGAGGAGGACUUCCCGGAGUCACACGCAGAAGAGUCAGCGGAGCGGGGGGCCGGCAUUCCUUCUGGGGCUAGUAACCAUUUGUCGAUUUCUGGCAUGGACACUGAAGCCCUGAAUUCUGAAGACCUCACCAAAAGCUCCAUGGAGAUGUCGUCCAGUGGUCGGACUCUACUCGCAUACCCAGCGUCACUCAAUAUAGAUUCUACCUUACCACAAGACGGACUCGCUUUCCCCGGCACUCAGAACAUUGGAACAACCAUCACCGAAAGCGACGGCCUGGAGAUACCUAUUAUUGGCGCUGACACCGAGUCGGAGAAUUCGGCACAAGAGCUCACUCAGCUUGUUGUUCCUGACAGCCGUACUUUGCAGAUUCUAGUGAGACAGGCUUUGAGCGAAAUCGCAGCGAGAAAGGCGCGCAAAAGGCCCUAUACCGACCUGGAAGAGGUUAUUCAGUGGACAGGGCAAUUUUACGCCGUCUUCAAUCUUGCGCCCGAGGAUAUCAGGACAGAGUUCCGAGUGUCAGAAAACAUGCCGCGUGCACUGAGAGUUGCUACCAAGCAUCGAAGGAGUCGGGCUGGACAUACGGCACCAGCACGAGAGAAAUUUAGACCUAACGUGUCCAGCCAAUUCUCGAGGGGAGCAUUCAAUACUCGGUUACCUGGCACUCCUCGCCCGCGAGAGCACGCAGCUCGAAUAUUUGGCGUAUUCCAGAUGGAUGAUGAUGAAGUCAAAGGUGAUGAUCGGAAUGGACCUGUCUAUGAUCAGAGGACGGAGCGGGAUGGACAUGUCGCUCACGGGUUCAAAGUUAGGAAGUUUGGCACGUCGGUCACGCAUAAAUCUUGA